GUUUUAAAGUGGCUAAUUGAAUGCGGAGAGACUUGAGAAGCUUCAGCGAAAAGUCGAAGAAGCAAAUCCAGAGGCGGGGAACCAAAGUAGCCAACGGAUCCGCCAUGGCAGCUCGUAAGAGAGCUUCUUCAGUCACUAAUUCGGCGAAAACAGCUCUAUCUGAACCAGCAUCGUCCCCGACGGAGCUGAAGACUGUAGUUUCCGGCGAGGAUUUCCGUCUCGCGCCGCCCAAAUUGGGCGUGAUCUUUGUGAUCUCUUCGCUUCUUUGUUCGCUUUAUCUUUACCUUCUCUGUUUCCACUACAAUGUUGACAACGAGCUCAAGCGUCCGAUCCUCAUUAACGCUGGGCUUAGUGUGGUUGGGUUCUUUGUCACACUCAAAUUGAUUCCCGUGGCUGCUAGAUACGUUCUGAGGCGUAAUAUGUUUGGUUUUGAUAUCAACAAAAGAGGCACGCCUCAAGGAGAAGUUAAAGUGCCUGAGUCAUUGGGAAUUGUUGUUGGUAUUGUCUUCUUGAUAGUGGCGAUAGUAUUUCAGUUCUUUAAUUUCACUGAAGAUUCGGUGUGGCUUGUGGAGUAUAAUGCAGCACUGGCGUCUAUUUGCUUCAUGAUUUUGCUUGGAUUUGUAGAUGACGUCCUUGAUGUGCCUUGGAGAGUGAAACUUCUCUUGCCAUCUUUUGCAACCCUUCCAUUGUUAAUGGCUUAUGCUGGACAUACAACUAUCGUCAUACCGAAACCUCUUGUUUCUUAUAUUGGCUUGGAAGUGUUUGAUCUAGGACGGAUAUAUAAGUUAUAUAUGGCGCUACUAGCUGUCUUUUGUACAAAUUCUAUAAACAUUCAUGCUGGUUUGAAUGGCCUAGAAAUCGGUCAAACCGUAGUUAUUGCAGCUGCUAUUCUGAUACACAACAUUAUGCAAAUCGGAGCAUCUGUUGAUACUGAGUAUCAUCAAGCUCAUGCCUUCUCAAUCUAUCUUACUCAGCCAUUGAUGGCAACAUCCUUGGCAAUGCUUGCCUACAAUUGGUACCCUUCUGCAGUUUUUGUUGGAGACACUUACACAGUCUUUGCCGGAAUGACUAUGGCAGUUGUUGGCAUUCUCGGUCACUUCAGUGAAACCCUCUUAAUCUUUUUUCUUCCUCAAGUGUUGAACUUUUUAUUGUCACUGCCGCAGCUUGCUGGCAUUGUGAAAUGUCCACGACAUCGUCUCCCCAAGUAUGAUCCUGCUACGGGACUGUUAACGGGAACAAAAGAUGGGACACUCGUGAACGUCUACUUGAGGAUUUUUGGUAGGAAAUCAGAAAAGUCUCUAUGUAUUCAUCUUCUUGUUUUCCAGGCUCUAGCUUGCGCCUUUUGUUUCAUGCUUAGGCAUUUUCUAGCUGGUUGGUUUUUGAAAAAGCAGGAGGAGAAAAUGGGAAGGGGAAAGAUCGCGAUUAAGAGGAUUAACAACUCUACGAGCCGUCAGGUUACGUUCUCCAAGCGAAGGAAUGGAUUGUUGAAGAAAGCUAAGGAGCUUGCGAUUCUCUGCGAUGCUGAGGUUGGUGUUAUCAUCUUCUCUAGCACCGGUAGGCUCUACGAUUUCUCCAGCUCCAGCAUGAAAUCGGUCAUAGAGAGAUACAGCGAUGCCAAAGGGGAAGCCAGUUCAGAAAAUGAUCCCGCUUCAGAAAUUCAGUUCUGGCAAAAGGAGGCUGCGAUUCUAAAGCGACAGCUACAUAACUUGCAAGAAAACCACCGGCAAAUGAUGGGGGAGGAGCUCUCUGGACUAAGUGUAGAAGCUUUACAGAAUUUGGAAAAUCAGCUUGAAUUAAGCCUUCGUGGCGUUCGAAUGAAAAAGGAUCAAAUGUUAAUCGAAGAAAUACAAGUACUCAACCGAGAGGGGAAUCUCGUGCACCAAGAGAAUUUAGACCUCCACAAGAAAGUAAACCUAAUGCACCAACAGAACAAGGAACUACAUGAAAAGGUUUCAGAGGUUGAGGGUGUGAAAAUCACAAACAAGAAUUUUCUUCUCACAAAUGGUCUAGACAUGAGAGAUAACUCGAGCGAACAUGUCCAUCUUCAGCUCAGCCAACCGCAGCCUGAUGAGACGCAUGCAAAAGCUAUCCAACUCAACUAUUUUUCCUUCAUUGCAUGAUGAUAUAUAUUCGGUGUGCCGACACACUUAUGUUGACCUCAUCGGAAUCAUAUCUCAAUUAACUGUAUCAGUUUGCAAUCCCUUUCUAUCAAACACCAGCUUUGAACCUUUUUAAAUGUUCUUCUCUCUGCAAAGAACCUUGGUUUGGCGUUUAAGCAUGUACUUUGCAGGAUAAAGGAGUGUAGUGUUU